AUGAUUUUGACUAAGUUUGCUUCCAACUGUUCACCAAACAAUUUUAAUUGGAAAGAAGACUACACACACUUUCACGUAGCGAAUUUGAUACGUCGCAUUAAAAUUCAGGAAAAGGGGUAUUAUGUCACGAAUGGGUCUCGCUUGCGUGGUCAGCUGGCACAAACUAUAGUUAUGUCCGAGAAAAAGGAGAGCUAUCAGGAUUCUGUCAAUAAAAAAGUGUUACUUGAAUGGGUCACGGUUACCGGUUUAGAAAACCCUCGGAAAAAGCCGUAUGACAGAAUCCUGAACGAUUUCGCUGUAAAAGUUUUAAAAUACCCGGUGGAAAAACCUAUGGCCUUUACUUGGCCGACUUCGGCGGGGAUGAGCAACAACAUUCAAGCAAUACGAGCAAAGGUAUCUUUCGAAUUUCGGAAAUACUUCAUUAGUGAGGGCAGAAAUUUGCUAUUGGAGUACAACAAGCAAAACAAUAAUGAUGUGUGUAUAUCCCAUGAGCAAACUUUGAAAGUCUCGGAAACGGAAAGGCUGGGGAAAUACAUUAGGGAUGUUCACGUUCAGUCUAAGCGUAAAUGUCCAGAAAUGACAUUCAAAAAAGGAGUCCUGCAGAUUGGUAAAGAGUAUUCUUUAACCCCUCCUAUGGCUGCUAUCAAGAUCAUUAUAAACAUGUCAGCAUGGACUGGACUGCCCUUGAAGGAAUUACUUUUGCCUGCGAAAAAGAAUCAAUGGAGAAAGAACUUAGAUGAGCCAACUACGUCAAAAGAAUCCGAUGAGAUACAGGAGGCAUGUAAGCGUCCGUCUGAAGAACCAAACUUGGACGAAGCAGUGACAAAACCGAAGGUACAAGGUUUGAUGUAUGUCCCAUAG